AUGGUGCGUGCUCACUCUUGAGGGCUAAUGGUGUGAGAGUCAUUCAUGCAGCAUGGCUAGGUGCUCUCUGCAGUACACUACUGCUGCUGCUUUUGCUGCUGCUGCUUCUACUGCUGCUACUGGCAGGCUCUAUUGAUUGUAUCACUGCUCCCAGCCCAGGAGAGUGCGCGCACACUGUCUGCUCAGCAAGCCAUUCAGCUCAAGCAUUUGUUGCCUUUCCCAGAGUCAGCUGCAGACCUACCGGACUGACAUGUAGAGCUCUAGCACUUUUUUCAUACUGCUCUGCUCUCUCUUUGUAUCCUGAAUUUUCUCCAACUCUGCAGAGGUUCCUGGUGUUCCAUUCAAUCCAGGCUCCAUAGGAGAGGGGUCUGGUGCUACAGAUUCCGCUGCUGCUGCUUCUGCUCUACAUUACUUUAGAGACUGAAAUAUCAAGGAUGACAGAUACUGUGAUUGGAAACAGCUCUAAUCGCUGGAUGUGCCCCAAUGACAAAAUGGCGCUCCGUUCCAAUGAACAGACACAGCUUGAUGCUGGAUGGUCAGUACACCCAAAUAAUCAAGAAUGGCAACGAAAACAAGAAGAACUUACAGAUGAGGAAAAGGAAAUCAUUAACAGAGUUAUAGCACGAGCAGCGAAGAUGGAAGAAAUGGAGCAAGAGCGUAUUGGUCGAUUGGUUGACAAUCUUGAAGAUAUGCGGAAGACAGUGACUGGUGACGGGGUGAAUCGUUGUAUCCUCUGUGGGGAACAGUUAGGGCUGCCAGGAUCAAAGUGUGUAGUAUGUGAAGACUGCAAAAAGAAUGUUUGCACAAAAUGUGGCGUGCAGUCCAACAGUCGUCCUCAUUCCAUAUGGCUGUGCAAAAUAUGCAGUGAGCAGCGGGAGGUGUGGAAAAGGUCUGGAGCAUGGUUCUUUAAAGGUUUUGCCAAGCAAGUUCUACCACAGCCAAUACCAGUGAACAAGUCAAAGUCCCAGAAACCUCCUGCUGUAUCAGAGGAUUCUGUUCCAGAGCAGAAGCGCUACCCUCGGAGUCGAGCCCAACCUGAGCUUGCUGCGCAGCCAGAUCAAGAACCCUAUGAAAAGGAAUCAACUGCUGCCAAUCCAGGAAGAACUAAUUACCCUCCUCUUGCUCGUAAGCCAGAGUCAAGAAUGGCACCAAGUGGUAGUGAAUAUGAGGUAGAAGAAACCAGAGACAACUCAUACAGUGGUACAGACAAUGACAUAAACAGAAGCCCAGGAGGUGGGAAACGUGGCAGCUCAGUGCAGGGAACAAGACCUACCUCUGCAAUCCAAGGAACUAACAUACAGCCUACCCAGCAAGCUCCUCCAGCAAGUGGUAGACCAGGAGUAAGGCCAGCUCCUGCAAACAGAUUUUCUGAAGAGCAAGGUGGCACUGCUAAUCCUGCUUCUCAGCCUGAGCCAACCUACUCCAUGUCAGCUCCUAGAAAUGAGAAAGUUGAUAGUUUCACACCACAAGGUGUCAGACAGGACCGUCCCCUUCGACAGGCCGCAUCGUACACUUCAUCUGCGCCAACAGCAGCAGUGGUUUCUGCACGGCAGCCACAAACACAAGAAGAAGAGGAAGAGGAAGCAAAUAGCUAUGACUCUGAUGAAGCAACCACCCUUGGCUCUCUGGAUUUUAGUCUCUUCUAUGACCAAGAAAAUAAUUCUUUGCAAUGCGGCAUUAUCAAAGCAAAGGGCCUAAAACCCAUGGACUCCAAUGGUUUAGCUGAUCCUUAUGUAAAGCUGCAUCUUUUACCAGGGGCGAGUAAGGCUAACAAAUUACGUACUAAGACCCUCAGAAACACUCGUAAUCCUAUAUGGAAUGAGACCCUUGUGUAUCACGGAAUCACUGAUGAGGAACUGCAGAGGAAAACUUUAAGAAUUUCUGUCUGUGAUGAGGAUAAGUUUGGCCACAAUGAAUUUAUUGGUGAAACAAGAUUUUCCUUGAAGAAGUUGAAACCAAAUCAGAAAAAGAGCUUCAAUGUGUGCCUGGAGCGCGUGAUUCCGAUGAAACGUGCUGGGACUACAGGAUCUGUUCGUGGGAUGGCUCUCUAUGAGGAUGAAAAUGAUCGUGGGGGAGAUGUUGAAGAACGAGGGAAGAUUUUAGUGUCUCUAAUGUACAAUUCCCAGCAAGGAGGUCUGAUCAUUGGAAUUGUACGUUGUGUUCACUUGGCAGCAAUGGAUGCUAAUGGCUACUCUGAUCCAUUUGUUAAAUUGUGGCUGAAACCUGACAUGGGCAAGAAGGCAAAAAACAAGACUCAAAUAAAGAAAAAAACCUUAAAUCCAGAAUUUAAUGAGGAGUUUUUCUAUGACAUCAAGCACAGCGACUUGGCCAAGAAGCAGCUGGACAUUUCUGUGUGGGAUUACGACAUUGGAAAAUCCAAUGAUUACAUUGGUGGAUGUCAGCUGGGCAUCAAUGCUAAAGGGGAGCGGUUGAAACACUGGUACGAAUGCUUGAAAAACAAAGAUAAGAAAAUCGAACGCUGGCAUGUCCUACAGAAUGAAAAUCACGUGGCAAGUGACUAAAGUGCCACCUAAUUGUAUCACAUUCAUUUUCUGUUCCAGUUCAUUGUAAACUUUUUAUGUUUUGUCUUCCAAAUUCUUCACAAUUGAACCUGUAGUAUUAGAUAUGAUAACAAAAUGACUACUAGAUGCUCUUAGACUUUACUAUAAUAACAUAGGGAAAGCAGCAUUUGUGUUUGUCAGUGGGCAGAAUGCUGACUAAAAUGGUUCCUCAAUGAUUCUUGUGCUUGUUGCCUUUUUGCCGGUUUGAGAACCUGUCGUUUAGAGAUCAAAUGGUUUACUUUAGCUUAUAUAGAUAAAAGCUUUUACUGACAUCUUUCCAUAAAAGAAUAAACAUAUUUCUUAGCCUGAUAACAGUCUAGAAGGAAGAAAUGUAUACCUGUAGCUUUUAUAAAAGAAAUACUUUAUUGAGGCACAAAGUCUUUUUGUACAGUAUUAUACAGUUUGUAUUGCUACACCAAACAGGUGAAUAAUUGUCUUAGAGAUCAUCCAACAGGUGCCAUUUGAAUUCCUGUUCAGUAUUGUGUCUUAUUGGCUCUUUAUAUGACAUGUAUGAGCACAACCCUUUGUGAUAUGUAAUCUAAAAUAUUCAGUGGUCUCUCUUUGUAGUUAAACUGAAGCUCAUGCCAGCAGGCAGAAGAAAUAAACAGGAGGUAGCGUCCUGUUGCUUGAAGCUUAUAUUUCAGGUAUAUACAAAAGCUGUGUUAAAUGUCCAGGAAAGGUAUAUUAUUGGGGGGGAGUUGUUGUGAUUUUCUUUGCUUACAUCAGACCCUAGGCUAGCUCUUACAGUGUACUGUACUCUGUACCAUGUCACUGUAUGAAUUCAGUUGCCCAACACCCUCUGAGCUUGCAUAUGCUGAGAGGCAUUUUUGGAGCAAGAAGAGGGGCCAGCACAGUGUCUGUAAGUAAGUGACUAGAAUCAGUCUCUAACAACCUGGCACCUUCCCCACCCUUGUUCUUAAAAAGGAUUUUCAACAAAAAUACACCAGUGUAUUAAAUCUGUCAGUCCCGCUCUUACUGUUCCUGACAUGGGGUGUGUUAACUUCACCCUAAUCACUACCUAUACUAAUACUAGCUGGUCUGCUGGGCAGUUGUUAGGGCAGCAAAAGAGUAAGUACUUAUACUUAUCCAGACUAACUGUGUCUGAAGACAAGUAUUGGAAAACAUUAGAAUACAAACUGCCUCAAACCUAUAGAAAUAUCUUUCUUACUACAGAAACAACCCUGAUUCCCAGUCCAAAAUCUUCCCCAGCUCUAGCAAGUGACACAAAGCAGGUAGAUAACAUAAGAGGAAGAACAAAAAUACUGUUAUUUUAUUAACAAACUUAGAGCACACACAUAUACAUUUCAAUAGAGAUACAAACGAAAGGUGGAUAAACUAAUACUCUCCUUUUAGAUGUAAUGUUAGUCUGUUGCCAUUAGAACACAGUGACUGCAAACUCCUGGAGUAGGUCAGUCAUUAGUCACAAAGGAUAUCUGCAUUAAUGUGUAAUUCCCCACGCAUAAGCUCCUUUAUGAAUACAAAAGCAGGACGUGCUAAAAUACAUUUUAUGGUACUUGCAUCCAUACAUGCGCCUUACACUUUUGUGUAUUUGUGGGGAGUGCCACACAGCCUGCUUUGAUAAAUGAUGUCCAAGUGCAUGUAUUGACACAAGGGAACGCUGGAAUUACUGCCAGCCUGCAAAUUGUGGUUAUUGCGUCAAUAAGCGCUAUACACUUUUGCCAAACAAAUUGCAUGCUAAUGGCAUUAACUCCACAUACUGGAAGUGGCGGCAUUCUAACUCAAAUUAUGUGAACAUUGUGCCCAUUGAAUGCUGCUUUUGCAUCUCUAUUGAUGCAUGGGGCAUAAUUGCACAUGGCACAGCUUACCACCAUUCAGGACAGUUAUAUAGCAAGUGUAAAAUGUAUUCCAGGCCUAGUAAUUCUAAGAAAAUCAGUUGUUUGCUUUCCUUGUUUUAAUGCUGUAACUGGAAUGGGGCUAGAGUCAAACUGCAUUUUGUAACAGGAGGUAUGAUAUGUAGUACAGUAUAGUAGGGCUCAGUAUGGCAAGUCAUUUUCCCUCCCCUAUGACAUUUUGGUUUCAGCUGAAUAUCAUAUCCUCCACAAAAGGUUCAGCCGAAUACCAAAACAACCUCAAUUUUGCAAAUUCAAAUCAAAGCCACCUCUGCUUACUUGGCUGGGUUGAACUUUUGCUUAGGAAUGACAUCCUAUUAUUGACUAUUAUUAUAAUAAAAUUGAAACAUAAUCCAUGGUGUUGUACAAUAAAUACUUUAUAGUCCCAUGAACAGAAAGCACAGAAAUAACCCUGGCAAUGCACACUUUCAAUAUGCCCACAGGGCAAAAACAAUAAGCUCAAAAUGAGCUAAUUAUCUGUUAGUUUUGCUUCAGUCAUUUUUAUAUUAUUAUUUUAGCCCUUUUCUCUAAAUCUGUAUUACUUCCCAACAUACAUGUAGAGCAACUUUAUUAAUAAUCUUGUGCACCACAUGCCCGUUGAAUUCCAUUCAUUUCUAUUGGAAAAAGGGGCAUGGCUUUGUGUGCCAGAUGCAUUAAUAUGGCCUGUUUAUUGGUAUAUCCUUGUUUAUAGAUAUCCAUUUGCAGUUCUGCAAGUUCUGUUUGUACUGCAACUGUUUGCUACGUAUACUUUGCAGACUCCCUCGUUCGCUCUUCUGCAGUUGGGAAAGCAAACUUCUGCUGCUUGGUAUAUAAUACCAAAUUAUAUAAUAUAUAUAUAUAUAUAUAAUAAAAUAUAAUAUGGUGCAGCAAUUGUAUCCAUUAACUUGCUAUAACCUCAGUCUCAGGCAUGAAACCUUUAGUGUCUUGUAUUCCUACGAAUUUUGCAAUUGAAAAAAAACAGAGCAUAAAAUGCAGUUAUAGGCAACUAACUGUUCCUCAGAUAUUGUCAAAAUCACAACAUCAAAGACUGUGUGUGUUUCUGGGGGAAUGGGAGGGGCACAGGUUCUAAGAGUUCAUAAGAGCAACUGGAGGACUGCUGGUUGCCCAUUACUCUUUUAACCAAACCAAACUAAAAUGAUUAGUAGCUACAGAAGCACAAUUUGCAACAUAUUGAGCCCUGUAUCGUAGCCCUGUAUAUGUCUUCUAACUAUGAAUAACUAUACCGUUCCUUGCUUUUUCUCCAUCUCCAUUAGUGUUCAUUAUUUCCAGGGUUUGAGAAUAUUUAUCAGUGUGUGUGUUUCACUAGUAUCUCCAAGUGUGCAGAUAUUCGGACACGUCCAAAGUGUUCGGCUUUGCUCUGUUCUGAGUCUAAUUACACAGAUCACCCAAAUGGCACACCCGUGUGUUUUACUCUGGGAAUUUUGUAUAUUUUUUACCAACUGAGAACUGCAUUUGAACCUGUAAAAGGACUUGUGCAAUUUGGGGUUGCAUAUGUAACCACAUGUGUGUGUAUUUAUGUGUAUUGAGGGGGAUUUUAAUAGUAAAGAACUCAAAAAAAUCUGUAGAUCUACGCAAAGUGCCAUAAUGUAUUUUAGGGGAUGUAUGUCCUUUGUGAUAAGCAGGGUUUCACUUUUAGCUUCUCUUAAACAGACCACAACUUAUUUGAGUGUAAAGUAUUUUGUGUGCAUAAUAUUCCUUCUGUAUAAAUUAACAUACUAUAU